AUGGGUGGUGGUAACAAUAUUCCGCCGGUACUAUCUGGCCAGAAUGCCAGUCCUGAUCAGAAUCCACAUCUGCAUGCUGUGGUCGACUUGGGCAGCAAUGGCAUCCGCUGCUCCAUUUCAGACCUUUCUUCCCCGACGACCCGGGUGCUGCCGACUGCUCACUUUCAUCGAAUAAAUAUCUCCCUCUAUGAGGCCCAAAUCGAUUCCGAGACCGGCCAGCGCAUCCCAAUCCCGCAGUCCGUGAUCGACCGGGUAGUCAGCGGCAUUGUCCGUUUCCAGAUUAUCUGUGUCGAAAUGGGGGUGCCGUCUCAGAAUAUUCGCAUCAUCGCCACAGAGGCUACUCGGACGGCGAUCAAUAGCGCCGCGUUUGUCGAUGCCAUCUUCACCAAGACUGGUAUUUCAGUACAGGCGCUACGAAAAGAGGAGGAAGGCAUUGUUGGCGCGUGGGGCAUUGCUAGCAGCUUCUCAGAUGUCGAGGGCCUAGCACUCGAUUUGGGGGGUGGAAGCAUGCAAAUGACCUGGAUCAUCUCCCACUCAGGGAACGUGCACAUGAGUCCGCGUGGGUCAGUCAGUUUCCCGUAUGGCGCAGCAGCAUUGACGCAGAAGCUCGCCGAUCUCGAGCGUGGGAAGAGCAAGAAAGAAGCGCAGAAGGCCCGAGAGCAAUUCCGGCAUGAAAUGGCCAGCCAAUUCCGGGAAGCAUUUGAAGCUCUGGAUGUCCCUGAGCCUCUGCUGAAGAGGGCCCGGGAGCAGGGAGGAUUUCCGCUAUAUUUGUCGGGCGGCGGAUUCCGAGGCUGGGGAUAUCUGCUGUUGUAUCUGCAUCAGACGCGCGGUCGCAGCUAUCCUAUCUCCAUAAUCAAUGGCUAUUCCGCACCGAAGGCAGACUUUGAAGACACCGAGACCCUUAAGGACGUUGCUCGCACCGCCCACACGAUCUUCAGGGUGUCCGAUCGCCGGCGCAAGCAAGUGCCAUCGGUUGCAUUCUUAGUGAAUGUACUCGCCGAGUCGUUGCCCCACGGAAUUAGGGAAGCCCAUUUUUGCCAGGGAGGUGUCCGAGAAGGCGUGCUGUUUCGUGAGAUGUUGCCUAUUGUCCGUCAACAGGAUCCUCUUGAGGUUGCAACCGCUCGCUAUGCGCCUCCGUCAGCACAAGGCAUUGCCUCUCUCCUGUUAGCUUCGCUUCCCCGGCCUUCUUCAACUCGAUCUGUCGCUUCCUCCAUUACCAUGCAUCUCAUCCAGGCAUUUGCAAAUGCUCUCUACGUGCAUGCGACCAUGUCCAAAGAACUAUCUUCUAGCGCCGCUCUCUAUAGUACCAGUACGGGGAUCAUGUCCUCUACUCAUGGGAUCCCCCAUUCCCAUCGUGCUCUUUUGGCGUUGAUGCUCCAAGAGCGAUACGGUGGGGAACUACCGCCUCGUGACAUGGACUUCAAAUCGCACCUGCAGGCGAUCCUGGCCCCGGAUGAGGUCUGGUGGACUCGAUAUCUGGGAAAGCUGGGUCUUGUUUUAGCCCAGCUCUAUCCAACCGGAUCCAUUGAUACGUCUAAGCCGCGCAUCGCCCCUGCGGCCCGAUGGGCAAAGGAUUUUGGGAAAAAGAAAAACAAGGAGGGUGUUCGGCUGGAGAUUGCAAUUCAAAGAGUGGAUUAUGACCCGACACAUUUGAAGGAAGAACUCAAACAAGACGUGCAGAAAAUUGAGAAAGUUGGUAAGCGGAAGAAUUGGAUCGGCGGAAGGGACGGCUGGGGAAUGAAGGUUCAGGUCUCCGUCGUGGAGGAGGACAUUCUGGCCACGCAUAGAGAGCCGUGA